AACGACCAAAACCCAACCAAAAAAGCCAACACCCUUCACCGGCCACCACCGCCGCCAUAACCGAGCAUCAUCCGCCACCGCCAUGGUGAAGGCCUACCUCCGCUACGAGCCGGCUGCGGCGUUUGGCGUGAUCGCCUCCGUCGGAUCCAACAUCGCCUACGACAGCUCCGGCAAGCACCUCCUCGCCCCCGCCCUCGAGACUCUCGCCCUCUGGCACGUCCGCCAAGGCGUCUGCUCCAAAGCCCUAGCUCCCACCCUCUCCUCCCCUGGCCCCUCCCUCGCCGUCACCGCCAUCGCCGCCUCGCCUUCCAAUUUGGCGGCGAGUGGAUACGCAGAUGGUAGUAUAAGGAUUUGGGAUUGCGAGAAAGGGACGUGUGAGACGACUUUGAAUGGCCACAAAGGCGCUGUUACUGCUCUUCGGUACAACAAGAUUGGGUCGUUGCUUGCUUCUGGAAGCAAAGAUAACGAUGUUAUAUUGUGGGAUGUUGUUGGCGAAUCUGGCCUUUUUCGCCUCCGAGGCCAUCGUGAUCAGGUUACAGAUGUUGUUUUCUUGGAUUCUGGUAAGAAGCUUGUUACUUCUUCAAAAGAUAAGUUUUUGAGAGUGUGGGACCUUGAGACACAGCACUGUAUGCAAAUUGUUAGUGGGCAUCACAGUGAAAUUUGGUCCAUAGACAUUGACCCAGAGGAAAGGUUUUUGGUCACUGGGUCCGCAGACCCGGAGCUUAGAUUUUAUACGGUUAAGCAUGAGUCAGGGGAUGGGCAAUCCGUAGACAAGGUGGAAGGAAAUGAGAUUGUGCAUGGUGGGGAUUUGCCAACACAAGAUAAAUGGAAUGUUCUGAAGCAGUUUGGUGAGCUUCAGCGACAAAGCAAGGAUAGGGUUGCAACUGUGAGGUUCAACAAUUCCGGAAAUCUGCUGGCUUGUCAAGUGGCGGGAAAGACGGUAGAAAUAUUCCGCGUGUUGGAUGAGGCUGAGUCGAAGCGGAAAGCUAAACGCAGGCUUCACCGUAAAAAGGAGAAGAAAUCUGCUAAAGGAAAGGAAGAGGAGGUGAUGGGAAAUGGAGAAACAAGUCACGUAACAGGAGAAGGGAAUAGCCUUGUAGUUACAGUCCCCGAUGUUUUCAAGCUCAUCCAAACUGUUAGGGCUGGCAAAAAGAUAUCUUCCAUUUCUUUCUCUCCAAUCACGCCAAAGAGUUCUUUGGCUACAAUAGCUUUGUCAUUGAACAAUAAUCUAUUAGAAUUUUAUUCAAUUGAAGAAAAUGCAACCCAUAAAACUCUUGCUAUAGAGCUUCAGGGACACCGGUCAGAUGUCAGGAGUGUUACCCUUAGCUCAGACAACACACUUUUGAUGUCGACUAGCCACAGUGCGGUGAAGAUUUGGAAUCCAAGUACUGGUUCUUGCCUCCGGACCAUUGAUUCUGAAUUUGGACUCUGUAGUUUAAUUAUUCCUCAGAAUAAGUAUGGAAUAGUUGGAACAAAAGGUGGAAAACUGGAAGUAAUUGACAUUGCCAGUGGCACUUGCAUUGAGGCAGUGGAAGCCCAUGGUGGCUCCAUUCGUUCCAUUGCAGCCAUUCCCCAUGAGAAUAGCUUUGUCACUGGAAGUGCAGAUCAUGAGGUCAAGUUCUGGGAGUAUCGAGUUGAACAAAAAUCAGCUCAAGAAUCUAAGCACCUUAAGGUGUCAACUGUAAGGACUAUGAAGAUGAAUGAUGACGUUCUUGCCAUUGCUGUUAGUCCUGAUGCUAAGUACAUUGCUGUGGCUCUGUUGGAUAACACGGUGAAGGUUUUCUAUAUGGAUUCUCUCAAGUUUUUCCUUUCCUUGUAUGGUCACAAGCUGCCUGUGCUUUGCAUGGAUAUCUCAUCAGAUUCAGAUCUCAUCGUUACUGGCUCAGCAGAUAAAGAUUUAAAAAUUUGGGGUUUAGAUUUUGGUGACUGUCAUAAAUCCAUUUUUGCUCAUAAAGAGAGCAUUACAGCUGUGCAAUUUGUACGGAAUACCCAUUACCUGUUUAGUGUUGGGAAAGAUAACCUAGUUAAGUACUGGGAUGCUGAUAAAUUUGAGUUGCUUUUAACUCUCGAAGGGCACCAUGCUGAUGUUUGGUGCCUUGCUGUCAGUAGCCGUGGCGAUUUCAUUGUCACGGGGUCUCAUGAUCGAUCCAUGCGACGCUGGGACCGUAGUGAAGAGCCAUUUUUUAUCGAGGAAGAAAAAGAGAAAAGGUUGGAACAGGAGUUGGAGACUGAUCUCGACAAUGCAUUUGAGAAUAGAUAUGCUCCUAAGGAGGAAAUCCCAGAGGAAGGAGCGGUGGCUUUAGCAGGGAAGAAAUCAAAGGAAACCCUUUCUGCAACAGAUUCAAUUAUUGACGCUCUAGACCUUGUGGAGGUGGAAUUGAAGCGAAUUGCUGAACAUGAGGAGGAGAAAGCCAGGGGAAGAGUUGUGGAGUUUCAGCCAAAUGUUGUGAUGCUUGGGCUGUCCCCGUCUGACUAUGUUCUACGAGCACUUUCAAGUGUUCAGACGAGUGAUCUAGAACAGACACUAUUGGCUUUACCAUUCUCAGAUGCUUUGAAACUUCUAGCUUACUUGAAGGAGUGGACUUCAAAUCCUGACAAGAUUGAACUCAUAUGCAGGAUUGCUACGGUGCUAUUGCAAACUCAUUAUAAUCAGUUGGUUUCUACUCCUACUGCAAGACCUGUGCUGACAGCCCUUAAAGAUAUCCUUUACGCUAGAAUCAAGGAAUGCAAAGACACCCUUGGUUUCAACCUUGCAGCUAUGGAUCAUCUCAAGCAACUUAUGGCGUCAAGAUCAGAUGCACUCUUCAAAGAUGCGAAGUCUAAAUUACUGGAAAUCCGUUCACAGCAUUCAAAACGUCUAGAAGCAAGAACAGACACAAGGGAAGAAAAUAGGAGGAAGAAAAAGAGCAAGAAAUAAAGUGACAUACGUGCUCGAACGUCAUGGUGAUUGAAAAGAGUGUUCAAGAAAUCAAAUACACCAGCGGCAAAUUUGCGAUCGACUUUUUCUUGAAAGGUGAUUGAAGUUUGUCUGCGUGAUGGAACGGCCUUGAGGGCAUCACCAACUUUACCAUGGAUCAUACAGUAGGGCAGGUGAUCACUUAUCCAGGCUUUCCAGUAUAUGUGGAGCACCUAGUCUGGCGCCCAACAGCUGGUAUCAGGAUUUCUUCCAAUUUUGUAGCGUUUAGGUAAUUAUUGGUGUAAUUUUAUCAACUGUUUCUUGAUUUGUUACCAAGAAUGUGUAUGUACUCUGAACUCAUUUCGGAAUGUACUUUGUGUUAAUGUGGUUUCCUGACUUUUACCAGAAAAAGAACUGCUGCUUUAUUCAUCAAAAUAGCAAUUAAUGGAAAAUGAGAGGGUU